ACAAAAAUUAACGCAAUAGCGACUAACCCGUGUACCACUGAUUCAAGGCAGUUAGGGCUUCAAAAUCCCCGCCUUUUUCUUUUUCUAUUUUACUUCGCACUCUGCUUUCAUCAAUGGCCACAAAAGAAGAUGAAGAAAAACCAGAGACACCAAUUCCUUCAAAGCCAAGUCCAAACUCCAAGGACAUUGUGUCCCAGCCCAAGCAAAACGAUGUCUCUCCGCCUUCUAAGUUGUCGUUGAGUCCCAAAGAGUUAAUAGUCUCAGCCGCCGCCAACAUCUCCUCUCAUCCUCUCCCAACCAACGAUCCCAACGUUUGGGGCGUUCUCACCGCUAUUUCUAACAAUGCCCGCAAACGCCAGCAGGGUAUGAACAUGCUUUUGACUGCGGAUGAGCACUGCAUUGGUCGAUCAGUAAAGGAAACAAGUUUCCGAAUUGAUUCAAAUUCCGUUAGCGCGGUACAUUGCAAAAUAUAUAGGAAGAGAGUGACCAAUGAAGAUACACAGCAGUCCCCCAACUGUUAUACAUCCGUUUUCUUGAAAGAUACAAGCACAAAUGGGACCUAUCUUAAUUGGGAGAGAUUGAGAAAGAAUAGUCCUGAAUUUAAAGUCCAACACGGAGACAUCAUUUCAUUUUCUGCCCCUCCACAACAUGAACUUGCUUUUGCGUUUGUAUAUCGAGAAGUUCUUACCUCUAUUCACUCAGCAGAAGGUGCAUGUGCAAAAAGAAAAGCUGAUUGUGCAGAUGAGCUUACCUGUGAAAACAAAAGAUUAAAAGGUAUUGGCAUUGGUGCUCCUGAGGGUCCUAUAUCUCUUGAUGAUUUUCGGAGUCUUCAGCGGUCAAACAGGGAACUGAGAAAGCAGUUGGAAGAUCAGGUGCUUACAAUAGAUACAUUGCAUAAUGAGAAUCGUGCAACCGUUGAGCGUCAUGAAAAUGAAAUCAAAGAGGUAAAAGAAUCAGUUGCGACGUCGUACCUUGAUCAGAUCAAAGAAUUGCAAAUUUUGUUAGAUGGUAAGCAAAAGGAGCUUGUAGAGGUCAAUCGGAUAUCAGCUGAACAAAAGCAUGCUAUAGAAGACCUUAAUGAAAGACUUAGUGCUUCCCUGCAGUCAUGUACUGAAGCAAACGAAAGGAUGAAGAGUCAGAAGGCAUCUAUAGCUGAACUUAAGGUUCAGUUAGAUGAAGAGCGGGACCAGAGACGAGAAGAACGAGAAAAAGCUACUGCUGAUUUAAAAGCAGCGGUGCAAAGAGCUCAGUUUGAGGCUCAAGAGGAACUGCAACGACUAUCAGAUGUUUAUUUAAAACGAGAAACAGAGAAAAAGGAAGUAAUUAAUAAGCUUGAGGAAUCACUGAGAAAAAGCUCAGCACAAGUGGAAGAUCUGGUGUCCAAACUGGAAGACACUAGGCAGAAAUUGGUCGAUUCUGAUAAUAAAGUUCGCCAACUAGAAACCCAAGUUUGCGAAGAACAAAAGACCUCUGCAAAUACAAGAAAAAAAGUGGAAGAACUUGAACAUGAAAUAAAAGGAUUGAGGAAAGAACUUGAGACUGAAAAGCAGGCAGCCCGAGAAGAAGCAUGGGCUAAAGUUUCGGCCCUUGAGCUUGAAAUAAAUGCUACAAUGCGAGAUCUUGAUUAUGAGAGGAGGAGGCUAAAAGGUGCCAGGGAAAGAAUUAUGCUUCGAGAAACACAGCUACGAGCAUUUUAUUCUACAACUGAGGAAAUCUCCAUACUGUUUGCAAAGCAGCAAGAACAACUGAAGGCAAUGCAGAGAACUCUGGAAGAUGAGGAAAAUUAUGAGAACACAUCGGUUGAUAUUGACCUUAAUGUACCGUACCAGAACGUAAAUGGAACCAGAGUUAGAGAAAAGGCUCUUACUGGCCAUCAUGAAAAUAGUACCAUGAGGGAAGGCUCCACUGCUUCAGCUCAGAGGGUUAAUAUUUCUAGUGAUGAGGCCAGUGUUACUGAGAAGCAUGACUGCGGUAUGAGAAGUCAAGAUGUUGGCGAAAAUACACAGGAGGCAGAAUUUACAAGUGCUGAUCGUUCUGUUAAAGGCAUCUUUGGUUUUUACGUUGAUGGUGUUGGUACAACACGUAUUCUGGAAGGAGAUCCCAUUGGUACUGAACAUGUUCUUGAAACUGAAAGCUUGGGAAUUGAGGUUGAACCGAAUAUUGAUUUGAACAGGUGUGGAACUUUAGGUGGAGAUACAAUGCAGUUUGAUUAUGAAACUAAUGCACAUGAAAGUGAUGAACGGGUUCAAACAACUUGCCUAGAUACUUCAGUACAAUCUCAGUUGAAUAAACCACACGAGACUCAAAAAUGCACAGAAGACAAAGAAGCUGGAGGCACAAUCAGGACAACGGACCUUUUAGUUUCAGAAGGUUUUGAGAGUCAGGCCAACGGUACUAAUCCUUCUGUCCAUGGAGAAAAUGUCUUACCUAAAACUAGAGACAAUGAUAAGAAUCGUGCUAUGGUAGGUGAGAAUCAAAGUAGAUCAUCUUCCGAGGCUACUACUUCCAUGCGUAAUGAUGAACGUCAAGCAUUGAGUGAGAUGAUUGGAAUUGUUGCUCCUGAUUUGAAAGAGCAAUUUGUGGGUGCUGCUACUUCUGACUCAGGUACUGAAGAUUGUGCUGACAGCGAGGAUGGUGAUCAUAAUAACUACAGAGUAGCUGCUAAGUCUGGAUCAAUAUCAGAUGCAGAAACAGAGGGAAGUGACCAGGCUGAUAUGGAUCAAAAGCAUAAUGAUAAAAUGGAUGACGAUGAUGAAACUACAAGUGAAGAUUCCGUUGGGUAGCAGGCAUGCCCUUAUCGUGUGAAACCUUGUUCAUCUCCUUUUCAGUUUCCAGUUCACAUGCAUUCAAUUUCUUGUACAUUAUUUUACGCUUAAAGAUGCAUACCAAAAGUGCGUACAUUGAUCAACUCAAUUCCUAAUAAUUAAAGAUUUAAUAGUUAUGCA